UGUGAGUGUGCUUGUUAACGUUCAUUACCCGCUCUCUUUCUCUCUUUUUAUUUUUUUACUUCGUUGUUUUUUCCCGCCUCUAACUUUUGCAAUGUUACCCAAGAAGAAGCAAUCCAUUGGUGACGACUAUGAAACGCGGAACCGCACUGUCCGGGCACCCGAAAUGUGCGUCGACUAUUUGUCGUAUCGCUUUGACGAAAUGGAUCUCGCUGCCUCAUGGCGUGUCAUGACCAAACAAAAGAAAGAUAUUGUCAAUGGCCUUCGACUUGAGAAUGCAUCGUGGCGUACGUGGGCAAAGCACAAGUACCGUUUGAGCACUGUAAGUCCAGAGACGCUCAACUGGCUUAAAGACAGCGACGUAACAUGGCUAUAUGGCCCGCUCCACACAGUGAUAAAGAACAUUGAAGAAAAGGAUCGAUACGCUAAGCCAAAGAUUGCAACCACUGAAGAUACCUUGGGCUUGAUGACCACAAACCAUCGUCGGCCUGGCCAACCACUCAAGUCCGUGCUGAAGAAAGUGACAGCCUCAGAUUUACUGCGACGCUCGGCAUCCGAAUUGCAGGCAAACCAGAUCAACGACGAUCAGGAGGAGCAGUACCCGCACCCGCACCCACAACCACAACCAAAAGCACAACCACAACAGCAACAGCAACAGCAUCAGCAACAGCAUCAGCAUCAGCAUCAGCAACCACAACAACAGUCCUCCAAGCCAUCUUUAUCACUCACCGAGGCAAACAAAAAACUCAAAGCUUUCUCACCCUCCGUUAUCGCUACCCAUCGCCAACCGAAACUUCGAUUCAACCAACACGUGGAACAAUGCGUUGCACUCAGUGAUACCGAGGACCGGAAACGACACCGCCCUAGGGCAAGGUUUUCCAAUAUACUGGAUGAAGAUGAAGACGAAGAAGAAGACGAAGAAGAAGGAUACAGCGACGACGAAAAUGCAAUUGUGCUUGACUAUGAUAACCAGCCACGCUCAUCCAUAAAGAAGAUUGCACCCGCUCGCCUCAAGACAAGCUCUCAAUCAGAGCAGGAGACGGAUGAGGUAUCGUCAUUGUCAUCGUCGUCCGCUUCGUCCAUGACAGGUGGCAACAACUACUCGUGGAUGGUCGGUCAGGAUACUUUUGAUGAAAAUGUGCACACUACGUCGGAUGAAGAAGACGAAGACGACGACGACGAUCAAUUGGAGAUCCGAAGACGAGCACACUAUAUCCCGUCGUCUGGAUCUUCCGCUUCCUCCUCAGACGCCAUCCAGUGGGUUGGUCAGUCGUGCGUCUACAAUGUUCAAGAACCCUCUGAUUAUGAUGAUGACUACGGCUUUGAUGACGACGAUUGGACUCACGACGAGAAUGAAAUGCCAUCACCACCAUUGCCACCCGCCGCACCAAUACCAGCUUCUCCACCGCCCGCAUCACCAGCAGCACCGUUGCCAUGUCAUCCACGAGGCCAACAAUUUCCGGGCAAGGCUGUGGCAGUGAGUGAGCCAAGUCCAGUUGAAGCCGAUGAGCCAUCCAUCACUCGUGUGUCCAGUUAUCACAAGGUGACCGAUAUCCAUCAUGCACACGGCGAAUCUAGCUCAAGCAGCAACAGUAGCGACAGUAACCCGACCAUCCUUGGCCAUAUCGCUCAAUGGGCCUCGUCCUACUUAUGGCCAAGACAGCCGCCAUCGUCUUCACCCAACAAGUGAUUUCCCUUUACUCGUUAACUUUUCUCUACCACCUUUGCAUCAUGCCCCUAACUUAAUCCAACGCACAUAUACACACCACAUUACACGCGCAAUUCUUUACCUAUAGAUCCAUUUUAAAAACCAAAAUUCAAGAAGUACCCAUCCACCUUGACAUUCUUACUCCUCGCUCUCUCUCUCUUCUCUCUUCUCUCUUCUCUCUUCUCUCUU